AUGUCCGCCUCCGUCUCGACACAUGUCGGUCCAUCAAGGCUCCAUCAACCUCCACCCGCUCCUUCCACCUCGGGCGAUAGCGAGUCGACCGUACCUCGACCACCUACCGAGAGAGGGCUAGAUGUCGGUAUACUGAAAGAGUUAGCAAAGUCAGCUUUGGUAGAGAGUCUUAAUGAUAUUCAAGGAGCCAAAACACUAAUUCUCGAACCUGCUUUGGCUGGGCCGUUGGGGUUGGUCACAGAAGUCGCCCUAUUGAAGCACCAAGCGGUAGAUAAGAUGUUCUGGCUUGAACCUGGCCCUUUGAAUGUCAAUACGAGAAAUGUAGUCUGGUUAUGUCGACCGAAGAUUGAAUAUAUGCAUACAAUAGCUGAUCAGAUCAAAGCUCAACAAAGUAAUCCAUCCCCUGCUGGGCCAUUGAUGUAUACCAUCUUACUUGUUCCUCGAGCUACCGAAUUGUGCAGAAGGGUAUUAGAAGAUCAGGGUGUAGCUGGUGAUGUGACUAUAUCUGAGUUCAAGCUUGAGCUUAUACCUGUGGAAGAUGAUUUGCUGUCUCUGGAGAUGGAUGAUGUUGCUCGGGAUAUAUACUUGAACGGAGACGAUACCCCUAUAUACUACUCAUCACUAGCUCUCAUGACUUUCCAAAGAGCUUUUGGUCUAUUUCCCAGAAUACUUGGUAAAGGAGAAGGAGCGAAGAAACUUGCCGAUUUAUUACAGCGUCAUCAUCAUACGGAUGCAGCUCAAUAUGGAGAUAUCGAAAUCUCAACGCAAGUGGAUGGCCUGAUCGUCCUGGACAGAUCGAUAGAUUGGAUAACACCGAUGUUGACGCAAUUGACAUAUGAAGGGAUGUUAGAUGAAUUUGUCGGUAUAAGAAAUGCUCAUAUUGAGGUCGACUCGACACUGAUUGAUCCCAAUACUGCGCCUACACCUUCACCUUCCACCUCGGCAUUACCUUCCACCCCUAUAACGAAGAAACGUAAACAUCACCUAUCAUCGCAGAAAGAUAAGCUAUAUUCAGACUUAAGAGAUCAGAAUUUCGCAGUGGUAGGCUCGAAGCUUUCUAAAGUUGCCAGAAGGCUGGAAGGUGAUUAUGGCGGAGUGAAGAAUCUCAAAAGCGUUAGUCAGAUGAAAGAGUUUGUAGGUAAAUUAGGGGGGUUGCAAAGUGAACAGCAGAGUUUGAGGAUACAUACCGGUCUCACCGAACUUCUCAUGCCAAUAACCAAACUUGAAACGUUCAACCGUACCCUCGAAGCGCAACAGAACCUCGUAGCGGGGUACGAUCCAAACUCCCAACUGAAUACUAUCGAAGAUUUGAUGAAUCAGGAGUUGGAUUGGCAAACGAUCCUACGUACGAUCGUCUUGAUGUCAUUGACGAAUGGCGGAAUAAAGCCUAAACUACUCGAAUCGUUCAAGAGGGAUUUCUUGCAGGUCUACGGAUACCAGAAUCUACCAUUAUUGAUCAGUCUUGAAAAUCUGGGUUUAUUGGUCAAAUCUGGAUCUUCAAUUUCAACGAUUCAAAAUCAAAGUGUAAAUUUCCUCAGGAAGAAUUUGAGAUUGAUAGUGGACGACAUAAAUGAUUUGUACCCUAAUGAUAUAUCUUAUGUUUAUUCGGGAUACGCACCGAUCUCGUUACGGUUGGUUCAAUGUUUGACCAUGAAGAAUCAGAUUCUCUCGUCCUCCACUUCAACGACAAAUGGAGAAGAUGCGAAUGGUCAUGGAGCUGGGAAGGAAAGACCGAAAGCUCAUCCGUUAAAUGGAUGGAAGGGUUUCGAAGAUGUUUUGAGUGUUUUACCCGGUGAUAACGUUGAUGUGAGACAACAUGGCGAGAAGCGAGAUAAUGGGCUAGUGAUUCCCGACGAUAACAAGAUAACCACAACGGUCGUAUUUUUCUUGGGGGGAUGUACGUAUACUGAGAUAUCAGCCUUGAGAUGGAUGUCAAAGCAAUAUAAAGGAAGGAGGUUCUUGAUUGCUACGACGGGUAUAAUUAAUGGUAAUAACCUCAUAGAAAGUUUAGGUGAUAAACCUCCUGCACAACUCAAACCAAGCACCUAA